CGACAAGAUGCAUUGCGGACACAACACUUUGCUCACUCUAGUCUUGGUGAGCAUUUUUGCUGUCCAAUGGUGCUAUGCCGGCAGUGGGACUGUUUACAGACCAUGUGUGAAUAUUUGCAAGAGUCAUAGAGUUGUAAAUUGCAGAGGAAUUUGCAGAAUAAAAAAGGGCCAUGAAGUGAUUGCUCAGUGCUGGACUGACUGUAUAAAACUUACAGUAAAAACGCAUCGGGUAAAGUUCGAGAUUGAGCCAUGUAUGGCCAAAUGCCAAAAAGAAAAACAAAGGGAAGAGACGUCGCUGUGCCCCGACCGAUCAGACCCUCGCUAUGGCUCUGGGAAUCCACCUCCGCAGUGUUGCAUCGACGGCAUAUUCCACAAGACAUUGCCCCUUAAUAGGUAUUUAUGCACAUACGCAAGAGAUGGAAAAACGCUUGAGAAGGCAUGUCCAAGAGGACAGAAUUUCGUGAUACAUUCGUACAGAAUCUGUAGGUGUGAGAAGCCUCCUCGUUCUACCCCUCCUCCCAAAGUAUGUAGAUGGAGUGUUUGGAGUUCAUGGCUAGCGGGGAGAUGCUCAGUGACAUGUGACGUGGGUACACGGAGUGAAACGCGAACAAGGACCAAAGAACACGUAAGAGGGCCGGCCAUAGGAGAUGGAUGCUUCGGGAAUAGUAUUGAACAACGAGAUGGAAUACGAUGCAGCUAUUCACCGUGUCCAACGCCUCCACCUGUAUGUAGAUGGAGUGUUUGGAGUUCAUGGCUAGCGGGGAGAUGCUCAGCAACAUGUGGCGUGGGUACACGGAGUGAAACGCGAACAAGGACCAAAGAAUACGUAAGAGGGCCUGCCAUAGGAGAUGGAUGUUUCGGGAGUAGUACUGAACAACGAUAUGGAAUACGAUGCAGCAAUCCACCGUGUCAGUCGGAUCCGCCUGUUUGUCGUUGGAGCGAAUGGAACAGAUGGCAAGUUAAACGAUGUUCGGUAACGUGCGGCCAAGGUACGCGUGCUAAAUACCGAACGCGAACCAAACAAUUUGGGCCUUUCGGUGUCUCUAACUGCCGGGGAAUGUCUCAGCAGUAUGACAACGAAAUAUGUGGAAGUGGAACUUGUGCUAGGCGAGUUUGCAUAUGGAGUGACUGGACCAGGUGGCGCCAGGGCGGUUGCUCGGCGACAUGUGGAGUAGGCAGUCGGACGGAGACACGAACUAGAUCAAAACUGUAUGGCAAUUCGGAGUCUGGCGAGGGAGUCGUAGAAUGCAUUGGAAAUAAUAUCCAACAGAAAACUAUAUCUUGCCGCAAUGAUGUGUGUAAAUCGCGAGUAUGUAGAUGGAGUAGCUGGUCAUCCUGGGAACAAGGAGCUUGCUCAGUAACGUGUGGCCAAGGUAUGCAGUCUAACACGAGGUGGAGGUCAAAGACUUACACAUAUGAACAGUAUGGUCAGCCAGAAUGUCUCGGAGAUGGAAUCGAGCGCAGAAAUGUGGCGUGUAACAUGCAGCCGUGCCCAACGCCUACCGUAUGUAGAUGGAGUGUAUGGAGUUCUUGGCUAGCGGGGAGAUGCUCAGUGACAUGUGACGUGGGUACACGGAGUGAAACGCGAACAAGGACCAAAGAAAUCGUAAGAGGGCCUGCCAUAGGAGGUGGAUGCUUCGGGAGUAGUAUUGAACAACGAGAUGGAGUGCAGUGCCGUAAUUCGGCGUGUCCAGUUCCUACGCCUGUAUGUAGAUGGAGUGUUUGGAGUUCAUGGCUAGCGGGGAGAUGCUCAGUGACAUGUGACGUGGGUACACGGAGUGAAACGCGAACAAGGACCAAAGAAUACUUAAGAGCGCCUGCCAUAGGAGAUGGUUGCUUCGGAAGUAAUAUUCAAGAACGAGGUGGAAUACAAUGCCACAAUCAGGCGUGUCCAGUUCCAACGCCUAGUUGUGUUUGGGGUGCUUGGGGUAAUUGGAUCAAGGAGACAAACUGUGUCUUUAAUGGUUCACCAAUGACCCAUACGUGUUUUCAACCUGGGACUGCACGUUUUAUUAGAAGGCGUCAGUGUCAUUGCAGAGGGAAACGAACAGGUGGUGGCACUACGCAUAUUACUCAAUGUCGUGGGAAUGCUGCUGAACACACUGAAAGACCUUGUUGUGCUGUUGUUGUCCAACCUGCUCCUCCGGUUGUUGUCCAACCUCCUCAAAUUGGAUGUUUUUGGGGUGCUUUUGGUAAUUGGAAUAUGGAGACAACCUGUAUGCCCAAUGGUUUACCAAGAACCAAUACUUGCCUUCAACCUGGGACUGCACGUUUUGUUAGAACGCGUCAGUGUCAUUGCAGAGGGAAACGAACAGGUGGCGGCAUUGCACAUACUACGCAAUGUGUUGGGAAUCCUGUAGAAAGAACUAACAGACCCUGCUGUGCUCGAAUUGGAUGUUCUUGGGGUGCUUUUGGUAAUUGGAUUAAGGAGACAAAUUGUGUGCCCAAUGGUUUACCAAGAACCAAUACUUGCUUUCAACCUGGGACUGCACGUUUUGUUAGAACGCGUCAGUGUCAUUGCAGAGGGAAACGAACAGGUGGCGGCAUUGCACAUACUACGCAAUGUGUUGGGAAUCCUGUAGAAAGAACUAACAGACCUUGUUGUGCUGUUGUUAUCCAACCUGUUCCUCCGGUUGUUGUCGUACCUCCUCAAAUUGGAUGUUUUUGGGGUGCUUUUGGUAAUUGGAUUAUGGAGACAAAAUGUGUGUUUAAUGGUGCACCAAGGACCAAUACUUGCCUUCAACCUGGGACUGCACGUUUUAUUAGAACGCGUCAGUGUCAUUGCAGAGGGAAACGAACAGGUGGUGGCAUUGCACAUACUACGCAAUGUGGUGGAAAUCCUCUUAUAGAAAGAAUUGUCAAAGUAUGUUGUGUUGUGGUUGGUGUUGGCCAUCCCCAGCCAGGUUUACCUGUCCGACCAAUACAUCCAAUUGGAAAACCUGCUACACCAGUUUGGGGACCUUGGGUGGAGGUCACGUGCAAUGCACCGGCGGGCUGCACUGUUAUAGAUCCACUGAAACGUUCAGUAGAAAGUCGACUUGGGUCCAUUUCUAUAGACAAGCGUCUGGUCGUAUGUGAAAUGACCAAUUACAAGUGCACAUUACAACGAGAGUGCCAAGGUGUGGGAUGCGUAGGGCCCGUCACUCAAACUGAAAAUCGUUUGGCCUGUUGCCCAGACAAGACGCCGCCAACACCGAAGACACCUGCACCACCGAAACCAACACCGGCGAAACCUACACCAAAGAAACCACCACCUGUAAAGGAAAAAUGUCCGACUGGGUACACAUUACUUUCUAAGGAAUGCCUCACGUGCGGGCAAGUGACCGGCUGUGUCAAAGUAUAUAGUGCGCCUCUACUGGAUUGGAUGGCAGCUGAAGCACGUUGUCAACAGGACGGUGCCCAUUUGUUUCGAUGGUCGCUUACCAAUGUAUGCUACGAUGCCCUCAAAGCACAUUUACAAGGGACCAAUAACGGAUUGUUGUGGUCAUGUGGAACACAAACAGAUGAUCCAGCGGUAAUGAUAUUAUACAGAUUUACAUGUGGUAAUGAUUUUUGUCCUAAUGAAGGAUGGGAUUCGCCUCAAGCUCCCCCACCACAUGCUCCAUCUACAAGCUGUGUUUCGUGUGUCAAAGAGGUUUUGCAUAGAAGAUGCAGCUGUUGCGAAGAUGUUAAUGAAGGCAGAAAUCAGACAUGAAAGAUCAAUACUUUUUCAAAAUUUUCGAAAUUAUGAAUAUGUAUUUGUGACUUUUAUCAAAAUAAAAAUUCAAUAAUUGCAUUAAGAA